GACUGUUUUGAGAUUGCGCGUGUUGGCGCACGGAGAGCGGCGAGCACAGGGUUAAAGCGGCGCCCUGUGACGGCGACCCGAGUCCCUGAGCCCUCGCAAGAUAUUGGCUAGACCGCCCGGGCCGCUCCUGACCAGUCCAGCGCCGCUCACCCUCACCUUCACUCUUCUGCAGCGUACAAGAUGGAGCGAGGCUGUCACAUCAACGCGGCGAUGCUGGAUGACGUUUGCGUCAACGGCGGGGCGGGUUCAAAGGUCGCCACGGCUACGGAGCCGCCAGCCAAGCAGCCGUGUGGGUCCACCGUCAGCUUCCACGACGUCCGUUACAAAAUUCACGCCACGGACGGCUUCUUCUGGAACAACACGUCAAGUCCUCGCCAGAUAUUACUGGACCUCAAUGGUAUCAUGAGGCCGGGUCUGAACGCAAUCCUUGGACCGACCGGAAGCGGAAAGUCAUCUUUUUUGGAUAUUCUAGCUGCAAGGAAGGAUCCCUGCGGCCUCUCGGGGGAAGUUCUAAUCGACGGCGCGCCGCAACCCCCAAAUUUCAAGUGUCUGUCGGGGUAUGUGGUCCAGGAGGACGUGGUCAUGGGUACGCUAACAGUGAGGGAGAAUCUCCGUUUCUCAGCAGCGUUGCGUCUGCCCACGCGCGUGUCCGAGCCCGAAAAAGAGGCGCGCGUCGAUCACCUCAUUGCAGAACUUGGUCUCGCCAAGGUGGCCGACUGCAAGGUGGGCACGCAGAUGACUCGCGGCGUCUCGGGAGGCGAGAGGAAGCGGACCAACAUCGGGAUGGAGCUGAUCAUCGACCCCCCCGUGCUCUUCUUGGAUGAGCCCACCACAGGCCUCGACGCCAGCACGGCUAACUCUGUCCUGCUGUUGUUACGAAGCAUGGCCAACCAAGGGAGAACCAUCAUCAUGUCUAUCCACCAGCCCCGCUACUCCAUCUACAGACUCUUUGACUCGCUCACCUUGCUGGUUGGAGGCAAGAUGGUGUACCACGGACCAGCGCCAAAUGCUUUGGACUACUUCGCAAACAUCGGUUAUUCCUGUGAGCCCCACAACAACCCAGCCGACUUUUUCUUGGAUGUCAUCAACGGAGACUUCGCCGUCACCAGCAGGUCCAAAGGCAACCUGUCUGAAGAUUUGGACUUGGAGCAGCCAUCUGGUUCCCGGCAGAGCAUGGAGGAGCGCCUGGUGGAGGAGUACAAGAACAGCAACUAUUACAGCGACACGCUGGCCCAGCUGGAGCGCAUCGCUCGGGAUAAGCAGCGGCGCUCGCCGCUGUCCGCCACUCGGACCGUCACCUACAACAGCUCCUUUGGACACCAGCUCCGUUGGGUGCUGCGUAGAACCUUCCAGAACCUCAUGCUGAACCCACAGACAUCCGUGGCGCAGGUCGUGGUCCACAUUAUCCUGGCUCUCAUCGUGGGGGCCAUUUUCUUCAGGGUCAAAGAUGAUCAGAGCGGCAUCCAGAACAGGAUGGGGGCGCUCUUCUUCAUCACGACCAACCAGUGCUUCAGCACAGUGUCGGCGGCCGAGCUCUUCAUCGCCGAGCGGAAGCUCUUUGUACACGAGUACAUCAGCGGCUACUACAGGGUGUCCGUCUACUUCCUGUCCAAAGUGUUGUCCGACGUGGCCCUUCGCACCGUCACCUCCGUCAUCUUCAGCUGCGGCGUGUACUUUAUGAUUGGACUGAAACGCACUUUGUGGGCCUUCUGGGUGUUCACGCUGACGGUGACGCUGGUGGCGUACACGGCCACCGCCAUGACCAUGGCCAUCUCGGCGGACCAGACGGCGGUGGCGCUCGCCAACAUCUUCAUGACCAUCACCUUCGUCUUCAUGAUGAUAUUCUCAGGUCUUCUGGUGAACCUUCCGAGUAUCAUGGACUGGCUGGCCUGGCUCAAGUACUUCAGUAUUCCUCGUUACGGGCUCGCCGCCCUGAAGGUCAACGAGUUUGUGGGGUUAAAGUUCUGCCAGAACGUCAACACGUCCACCGCAGUCGACAGCUGCAGCUGCAGCGGCGGCGCCCCUGCCGGACUGCUCACAUGUACUGGCGAGCAGUACCUGGACUAUUUGGGGAUCCAGUACGGCGUGUGGGGACUGUGGGAAAACCACGUGGCGCUCGCCGUCAUGCUUGCGGCCUUCCUGCUCAUUUCCUACCUGAAACUUCGCUACAUUAAGAAGUUCACUUAAAAAAAAAUAAAUAAUGAUAAUAAUAAUUGUAAUAAUCAUCAUCAUCAUUUAGUAGGAAAUUGUACAAAAAUUUACAUUUCAAAAUGUUUAUUUAUAAAUAGUCAUAUUUUAAAAGUAGAUGCGAUUUCUUUUUCCUAUUUGUAACUCUGAUUUUGGGCCGUGCAUUUACCUCACAAGUGAACGUGAGUAAUUGUAGAUGAAAAAUGUUAUCAACAUUUUUUUG